GCAAUAUGUCAUUGCAGAAUGAAGAAGAGCCGAGUGAGACGGCCCCCGUGGUGAACGAUGCCCCUCCGCCCUACAGCAGCAUUUCCACGGAGAACGCAGCUUAUUUUGACUACAAGGAUGAGUCAGGAUUUCCAAAGCCUCCCUCUUACAACGUGGCCACAACACUGCCCAGUUAUGAUGAAGCAGAGAGAACUAAGGCUGAAGCUACGAUUCCCUUGGUUCCCGGGAGAGAGGAUGACUUUGUGACACGGGAUGACUUUGACGAUACUGAUCAGCUGAGGAUAGGAAAUGAUGGCAUCUUCAUGCUAACUUUCUUCAUGGCAUUCCUCUUCAACUGGAUUGGAUUCUUCCUGUCUUUCUGUCUGACCACUUCAGCUGCAGGACGAUAUGGGGCCAUUUCUGGGUUCGGUCUGUCUCUUAUUAAGUGGAUCCUUAUUGUCAGGUUCUCCACCUAUUUCCCGGGUUACUUUGAUGGCCAAUAUUGGCUUUGGUGGGUUUUCCUUGUACUAGGUUUUCUGCUGUUUCUCAGAGGAUUUAUUAAUUAUGCAAAGGUUAGGAAGAUGCCAGAUACUUUUUCCACUCUCCCCAGAACCAGAGUUCUCUUUAUUUACUAAAGAUGUUUUCUGGCAAAUGUCUUCCUGCGCUAGUGAAUUCUCCCUCCAGCAGUAACAGGACACCUGCAGGAAGUGAAUCAAGCCUCUGAAGCAGAAGUAAAAAUAAUCACCUGCUUUAAAUAAAUAAAAGUACUGUUGGAAAAAAAAAGGAGAAGAAUUUCUUUCUAUUUGUUUCUAGGUGUAAAAUUUUAAUAACUAAUGCAGAAUUCUGUAAUCAUUGAAUCAUUAGUGGUUGAUGUUUGACAAAGCUAUCGCGAUCGAGUCUGUGACGUGCU